UACUGUUUUAACUCCACCAGCUUGACAAUGUUUUGCGAAAAGAGCGUCAUUCUCUCAAGACACAUUUUUCAAAUUGUAUUGUGAAGCUUGGUGAAAAAUAACCUUGCUUUUUCAGUGGUUUAACGUUAACUUGCAUCUUCCACUGACAUAUGCCGACAUGUAGCUUUUAAAUUCGUAGCGGUUUACGUUAGCUAGCUAGCCAAAUAAAGACAUGGACAACCAUCCAACAGUAGGCAGCUAACAAGCCUAGCUAAUGAACCAGCCAACGUUAGCAUUAACAUUCCUAACUAAAGCAGAAAGCGCAAUUUUUUGACUUUCUUCGGGAUUUACACUCGUAGGAUAAGCUGCUGCUUAUAAUUAGCGUCAUAAUGUCUUUAUCUCCUUUCACCCCGGUUUUAACUGCGGUUUGAAACGUGUGUGCCACUUGGAAAGACAAAAGUUGAACUUUAACCCCUCCUCGACUUUCUCAGAAAGCACAAAAGAGCCUGAUCUCCAUGAUGUGGAUGUGUAUUGCUGUUUUCCUGCUGUGGAUGAAGUCAGGAGGAUGCACAGAGAAAGCGAACACAUCAGACCUGAUGGAAUACACAGCUGCAAACUUCUAUGAGAAAUUGCAUUCGGGGAAGAUGAUGUUUAUCUAUUUUGAGCAUAAAGUCUCUCGAACCAUCUCUCUCUUCUUGGUGGAGUUGGAGAAGUCUGCUGAUGCUCUGCAGGAUUAUGGAGUACUGGUUGGCAAGGUAAACUGCAAUAAAGAACUGGUUCAUGCAUACUGCACAGAAGAAUGGGUGCUGCACACAGUGUUUCUGUUCAGGGGUGGUAAAGAGUUCUUGGGUUUUGAUUUGGACACUGUGUUUGACGUCAACUCCAUAGUCUCUGAAGUCCUCUUUGCCAUUCUGCGUGACGAGGUAAAGUAUGUUCACACAGACACUGACCUGCUGGCCAUGGAGAAGGCAGCCAGAGGGAAGAAGGAUAUCGUGCUGGGUUACGUCCGCAGUCUGGGAACACAAGAGCACAGAUCGAUGAUGGAGACAGCGUAUGUGUACGGAUCCAAAUACCAGUUCAUCCUUAUAACUGGAGGCCCAGUUUUGAAGCACUUAGGUGUUAAUGAGUUGUCUCACUCGUCUCGAGUGUGGUUCCUCCACUGUAGAGUUCACAGUGGGUUUGUGAUCCCGAUGACGUGUCCUUUGACCCUUAUGAGGAAACCCCUGUCCACCCUGAGCCUCCACUCCUUUCUGCAGCUCAUGGAGGCUCCACUGGUGUCUGAGGUUUACAACGACCCCUCCUCGGUCCAGCCCCCCCAGUUCCCCUACCAGCAGACCCCCCAGGUCUUCCUGUUCUCUCGUCCCACAACCGCUCACCUGGACCUGGACACGGCCACCACUCUGGCCUGGAGGCUCCGUGGCCUUGCCCUGCUGCUGCUUGUACACAGGCAGAGUCCUGCAGUGAAAACCCCCGAUGAAUACAAUGCUGCUUACAGGCUGCCUGAGAAGAGUUCAGAGGUGAAAUAUUUGACCUUGAACGACCUUGAUGAGGUGUUGGAGCUCUUUACAAAUCAAGAGAGAGAGGAAGAGGACGAAGAGGAGGACGAGGAGGAACAUUCCCAUUUUGGCCAUUUGGACGAUGAAAUUGCGGCGUCUGUCUACGAAAACCGAGGCGACUUGCUGGACAUGGACUCAAUUACCCAACUAACCUCUGACAACUUCCACACCGCAGUAGCUCAAAGCAGCCUGACAGUGGCGCUCUUCUACCUUAAAUGGGAUGCUGCUUCAAUGGCGUUUCUCAGCUCCUUCCUUGACGUUGCAGAGGGUCUUACAGAUUCCGGGGUCCAGAUGAGUGCGGUCGACUGUGGAGAGUGGACCGACCUGUGUGCUGCUCAGCCGGGCAGCUCCCGCCCGAUCCCGUUCCGGCCAAUCACGGCCUUCCCCAGCGUCUUGCUGCUCCGCCCCCAGGAGUCGGCGCAGCACUACAGAGGCAUGCUGGGUACUGAGGCGCUGCAUCGCUUCAUCAUGCUGAGCCACCCAGCUUCUCCUGUGCUACUGUCUACCCAAGAGGAAGUGACGUCAUUCCUUCAGGAAGUGCCUCACCCUAAGCUAGCAGGUUAUACGCCUGACAGAGUACUGGGACUGUUUGAAACACACAGAGGUGCACCACUGUUUACUGAAGCAGCGAAGUCAUUGAGAGGAGAGGUGCUGACUGGACUGCUGACAGAUGGGCUCGCAGAGAAAUUGGCAGCAGAGCACUCUGUGGACCUUCCUGCCGUGUUGGUGUUUCCAUCUUGGAGGACACACGCUCAUCCUUCCGCGCUGCCUGUGUCCAACUCUGCUGAAGAGCUGCUCUCGCACAUUAACACUGCUCUGCUGCAUCCACUGCCUGAGCUGACAGUGGAAAACCUGCCGUCCUUCCUCUCCCUGGGCAAAGCCCUCCUGCUCCUCUUUGUGGGAGAGGAAGAAGAUGAAUUUGGGCGAAGGCAGAACCAGGUGCUGGUGGAGGAGAUGAGAGGAGUGGUAGAGUUGGGAGGGCGGAGGAUGGAGCCAUACCUGGCCUGCUGGAUCCAUCUUGGCCGUACUCCAGCCGGUAUGUCUGUCCUGGGAUCAUACCUGGGCUCUAUGCCCCCCCUCCCUGCUCUGGUCCUCACCCAUUUGCCCUCUAGGGGUGAAAUCUACCAGUACCCCCCCAACAUGCCCAUAGGGGCCCCCUCUGUCCUGCAGUGGCUGCAGAGAAUCGAGGAUGGGACUGAGUCAGCAGCAGGGUUGUUGGGUGAGGAUAGCUGGCCUCCUGCUGUCAAAUUCUACGACUUCCUGAAAAUCAUGGACAUGCAGGAACCCAACUCCGCCCAGCAGCAAACUCCUGAAGAGGAAGAGGAGGUGGACGAGAAAGAGGUGAACAUGGAAGAAGAUGUGUUAGAAGAAGCGACAGACUCCUCCUCCAGCUCUCCCACUCCUAACAACAACCCUCACUCUGAACUCUAACACAACAGGAUGGGAGGAAAAUGAUACUAAGCCGUUGGUUAAACAUUUUUGUUUAUUUAUUCUUCAGUUUUAUUCUUUUGACUAAUAUUAUUAGGCUGUAUUUAUCAUAGGAGAUUCAUUAUUUCCCUUUGGAUUUUAUUGCCAGAUUGGAAAAGAUGUAUCAAAAAGACCCAAAAUGCAACAGAUUAAUAAAAGACACUGUGAACUUUGGAGUUAAAGGCAGUUGUAAUAUGAGUUAACACCUUUCCAUAGGCGUUUCCUCGGGGUGUGUUUACGGGAAAGUUAAGUUUAAGUUCUGUUUCUUCCUGCUGUGGUUUUGUGAUAGAUUCCUGGUGAACUGAUGACAUGAUUAGCUCAUUUGAACUCCUUUUUAAAGAUACUAUCUGUGAAUGUCUUCCUUUUUUUUCAGUUUAGCUCAGCUGGUAAAGCAAACCAGCAAGUUUGGAACUUGAGGGAGGUGGUUCAGCACCAGGCUGGUUGUGGUUUCUUAAAUAGUUUAUUUGAAAGUUACAAACAAAUUACGCUGUUUUUUUAACCAACAAAGGCAUGUUUCCAUUGUUGGCAUUUAACUGUUACCACAUCUGCCUCCCCUCUUAUGAAAUCAAACUGUAUGGAGAUUGCAGUGACUUUAGGUGAAGGAUAUUUAUGUCAUUUCAUUCCACCUCCUGUCCCCAAAUGACGAAAGAGGUGGAAUAGGUUACUUGGAAUUAGUUUGUUUUAAUUAUUAUGGUGGUUUCAGAUGUGGUUUCUGGGAGUUGUUUGAAUCAACUAGUCUCUCAGUUAAAAGGGAACAUCCUUCCUAAACAAUGUACUGGUAGGAUCCUAAGGGCUCUUGUGGUUUAGGGCAGAUUUUCAUUUGAACCCAUGUGAAUCUUCAGCUUCAGUCUUUAUCUUUUGUCCAAUUACUGGCUUUGUCUCUGCAAACCGAUGGAGUGAGCCUAUGAUCCAUGGACUGGCAGUUUAGAUGGUGUUUUGAUGCUAUGGGGGCUUGGUUUAUCAUACAUACAAUAAAGAAAUAUACAGACAGUACAUUUGAAUUAGAUUAUUAUAGUUGACAUGCUGGGCACAAUACAGAGAACAUUAAACACAAGCUAUAAUGACAUUCAAUUCAACAAUCUCAUAUUUUGAGUUUUAAGGUAUACACGUUUAGCUAGACAACGGCAUCGGGACGUCUUCUGAAGUGUUCUCACUUGAACACAGUAUCCCUCAAAUUGAUGUAUUUAUGUAAAACAAAAUGUAUUAAAUUCUGAUAUCUAAAUACUUUAUCAAACGUGCGAAACAGCGUCCCUCUUUAUUGCAACGGUUGGUGCAUGUUAGUCUGUGUGGUUAAAAGACGACAUUGCAGCCUUUGCACAUUGAACAGUAGUGUAGGGAGAAGAGGCCAGGUGAAGUUAAUUACAAACCAAAGGAUUCAACGAGAUGCGCGGUUACUAUCAUGGCACUGUGACUGCGAAACUGAAGUCAAGCGUGAGCCCCGUCACGGUGUGUGGCCUCAGAACAAACGUGUUAAUUUAGUAGAAUUCCAAUGAAACAAGUGUGAAAGUUAGAGUUCGGUACUAGUUUGCGAAAGAUAUCCGCUAACUGCGGUUUUGUAAAACAAGUUAGUUAGCAGCCAUGGAGGCGAGGAGUACUGUCAACAUGGAUACUUAAUUUAAAUGAAAGAAAGGAGAACUGACUUGGACGCCAAAUAACGUGAGUCAGAUACGUCUCUGUGUUGUCUGUCUUUGCUAGCCUUGCUAACCUAGCUGAUCUCUUUCCUGAACUCAUUGCUGUGUUUAUCUACAUGUUAAUAUUAUGGCGGUUACAUUCUGUACUGAAUUGAGCUUCUGUUUGGUCUGUGAGUUGCUUGAACCAGUUCAUACUUUGCUACAUUUUGUCUUUAAGCUGUACUGUGUAUUGAGUAGUGGUGAGUUAAUAACUUGUGUUGAAUACUGUCUGCUUUCAGGCUCAUUUUUAUGUGUAUGUCAUGUGUUUUAUACAUGCAUUGAUACUUUUUUGAUGCAAAUACAAUACAUGUGCAAGUCAUGUA